AUGCCUCCAACAAAGCCCAAGGGCGGCAAGAUGAUGUCGCUCAUCAACUAUAGGCUUCGCAUCACCCUCAAUGACUCGCGUCAGAUUGUUGGCCAACUUCUCGCAUUCGACGCUCAUAUGAACCUCGUCCUCGCCGAUUCCCAAGAAUACCGAAAAAUCAAGUCUAGAAAAGCAAAAGCACGAGCUGCAGCUGCUUCGACAGCUGGCAACGCCGCCGUUCAGGACGAGGACGACGAAGAUGAUGUCGGAGCAUCCUCAAGCGCACCCGAUGCUAUCCAGGAACAAAAGAGAACACUCGGUCUCCUCAUCCUUCGAGGCGAAAAUAUUGUCAGCAUGGCCAUCGAAGCUCCUCCACCGGCAGACGACAGGAGACAGCCCACCAUGCAACCUGGUCCUGGUAAAGGCGCGCCCAUGGGCAGAGGUAUGGGUCUUGCAGUCCCACCCAUGCCUGGUGCCGCUCCUCCCAUGAUGGCCCGACCCAUGCCCUACGCACGACCUCCUCCACCGGGUAUGCCAGGCAUGCCUGUUCCUCCCCCCGGUAUGCCUGUGGGGCCGCCUCCUGGCUUCCGUACACCCGGCUUCCCAGGCAUGCCUGGUGGUCCUCCUCCCGGUUUCUCAGUUCCACCACCUGGAGGCUUCCCUCCCCGUCCUCCGCCUGGUUUCGGUAUGCCACCACGCCCACAAUGA